AUGCUUGCCAUUAGACUAGCAUUGUUCUACUUUAAUUACGUAUCAAAGCUUCAUUGGACUGAAAAAUUACAUGUUUUAAGGAAAUUGAUCACAGUCAACCAGCCAGACUUGGUCCUUUUCGUCGGCGAGGCGCUAGUUGGAAAUGAGGCUGUCGAUCAAUUGGUCAAGUUUAACCAGGCCUUGGCCGACUUCAGUCAUCUGGAACGACCUCGGGGCAUUGAUGGAAUCGUUCUCACAAAAUUCGACACUAUUGACGACAAGGUGAACAAUAUUCAUAUAUUUGCACAUCUAACGUUGGUUUUCUCAGACAGGGUACUCGAAUGA